AUGUUCCAGCACAAGAAGUGUUUCACCAUUGAAUCUCUGGUCGGAAAAGACUCAAACUCGUCCAGCACAGACGAACCGAUUCGGCCCACAGCUCUGAGAUACCCAGAGUCAUUGCACCCGGCUCCUUUCGGCAGCUGCUUUCAGAACUCGGCUCGGACUCUGUACGGCAAUGUUAACGCAGACAUAAUGUUCCCGGAUCCGGGCUCACACUCUGCCAACCCGGCUCUCGCCUUGCGCCAUCUCCCCAUACCCACACAGCCCUUCUUCAGCCCUCACCAGAGGGACAGUCUGCACCAUUUCUACCCGUGGGUUUUGAGAAACCGCUACCUUGGUCACCGCUUUCAAGGUGAGGAAAGUAGCCCAGAAAACCUGCUGCUACAUGGACCGUUCUCGCGCAAGCCCAAGCGCAUCCGUACAGCCUUCUCUCCGUCUCAGCUGCUACGACUGGAGCGCGCCUUUGAAAAGAAUCACUAUGUAGUGGGAGCUGAGCGCAAGCAGCUGGCCAAUGGCCUCUGCCUCACUGAGACCCAGGUAAAAGUAUGGUUUCAGAACCGGAGGACCAAACACAAGCGGCAGAAACUUGAAGAAGAAUCGCCCGACCUGCAGCAAAAAAGAAAGGGCAAUCAGCACAUCAGUCGCUGGAGAGUAGCCACUCAGCAGGGCAGCCCAGACGACAUAGACAUCAUCUCUGAAGACUGA